CGCACAUACUGUACCCGGUUGCCACUGUUUCAAGCCAACACCAAUCCACCAUCCGGUCGUCAUUAGACUAGAGCUGGCCACUCCCCCCGGCUUCCCGGUGAACCUACUUGACCACUACUCCCUCACGUCACGCUCCCAUCCCCAUCCCCAUCGCCUCGCGUCCACGCCCAAAUCGAAGCACCUCGUGGAGGACCCCGAGCAGCAACCGUCCUCCCGGUCCACCUACCAACGCCAUCCCUUCUCUCUCACCGGUCACGACCACCACACCUCGAUCGCUGGCCAGAGAUGGACGCCUAGUGCGUCGGCUAGCGGCAGCUGGAGAAAUGGGCUGCUGCUUCAGCAAGAAGCGCAAGAACCAUCCGGCGCCCGGGGCUGCUGCCUUCAUCCGCCGUUGCAGGCCGGAGGACUGCGACCCGCCGUCGCCGGAGGAGGAGACGGUCAAAGAGGUGCUCUCGGAGACACCGAGCGCUAAGCCGAGGGCCGAGCCCAAGCCCGUCGCCAAUGUCGCGGCCGUGGAGGAGCGAGAGGUGGAGAAGGCGAAGAAGCAGGCCAGUGCCGACGCCGCGGUGAGCGAUCUCGGGAGCUGCGUGUCGCUCUCGCUCGCCACCGACGAGAGGUCAGAGGCAGCUUCCGAGUCUUCGGUCGCGACCAGCUCGGUGGCCGGGCCGGAGCGGUCGCCGGGGAAGCUGGCCAGGAAGCGGCCGGUCUCCGCCGAUCUGGGGCCGACCAGGCGGGAACGCGUCGCGGCCUCCUACGGCGUCCGCUCCCGCAGCGCGCGAGCCUCCCCGUCCCCUCCACCGCGGCACGUGCAUCGUGACCGCUCCUUGCGGCGGUCACCGUCACCGGCGGCAAAACGAACGCCGGAACAGCGCCGCUCCCCCAGCCCAGUCGUGUCGGCGCCUCGGAAGCCGUCUGUCCCGGCAAGGCCUUGCGGCCGCGUCUCGCCGCGGCGGGCGCAGGAGGCGUCUCCUGUCUCCCCACCGUCGCCGCCGCCACCGCCGCCCUCGCAGCCGGAAGGCGACGCGGUCGGCACCGGAGGUGAGCUCAGCGUCCCGAACGCCAGCGCUGGUGGCCACGGCCAAGGCAACCGCGGCGGCGACGGGAAUGAGUCGUUGGAGAACCCGCUAGUGUCGUUGGAAUGUUUCAUCUUUCUGUAGCGCUGUGCUGAUCUGACCUCCCGCCAUUUUCCUUCGAACGUCUCCGGCUAAUCCGGUUUAGAUGCUACGCUGGCUAGCUCGGUGUAGUGAUUAGUAGGUAGGGCAUAGUGAUUUCUUGCUGCUGCCGCUGCUGCCAUCUUCCGUUAAAUUUUGUCAGAAGAAAUGCGAGUAGCUUUUGACUUUGGGGGCCGUCUCGUUGUAAUUGGACGGAGCUACUGCUGGGUGUAAUUUUGUCUUGGGGGGUCCUUGAUGUAUU